CACCGCCCGGGCCCCGAUGAGUAACUCCCGGAAUAACCGGGUGAUGGUGGAAGGGGUCGGGGCCCGGGUGGUGCGCGGCCCGGACUGGAAGUGGGGGAAGCAGGACGGCGGCGAGGGCCAUGUGGGCACGGUUCGGAGCUUCGAGAGCCCCGAGGAGGUGGUGGUGGUGUGGGACAACGGCACCGCCGCCAACUACCGCUGCUCUGGGGCCUACGACCUGCGCAUCCUGGAUAGCGCGCCCACGGGCAUCAAGCAUGAUGGAACCAUGUGUGAUACCUGCCGCCAGCAACCAAUCAUUGGCAUUCGAUGGAAAUGUGCAGAAUGUACAAAUUAUGAUUUGUGCACUGUUUGUUACCAUGGAGAUAAACAUCAUUUAAGACAUCGCUUUUAUAGGAUUACUACACCAGGAAGUGAGCGGGUUCUGUUAGAGUCUCGUAGAAAAUCUAAGAAGAUUACAGCUAGAGGGAUCUUUGCAGGUGCCAGAGUGGUACGAGGGGUGGACUGGCAGUGGGAAGACCAGGAUGGAGGAAAUGGACGUAGGGGAAAGGUCACGGAGAUCCAGGACUGGAGCGCAUCAAGCCCGCACAGUGCAGCGUAUGUUCUCUGGGAUAAUGGUGCUAAGAACCUGUACAGAGUUGGCUUUGAGGGCAUGUCUGAUCUCAAGUGUGUCCAGGAUGCCAAAGGAGGUUCUUUCUACAGAGAUCACUGCCCUGUGCUAGGUGAGCAGAAUGGCAACAGGAAUCCUGGUGGAUUGCAGAUUGGUGACCUGGUGAAUAUAGAUCUUGACCUAGAAAUUGUACAGUCUUUGCAGCACGGUCAUGGAGGAUGGACUGAUGGCAUGUUUGAGACUUUAACUACAACUGGAACUGUUUGUGGCAUUGAUGAAGAUCAUGACAUUGUAGUACAGUAUCCAAGUGGCAAUAGAUGGACCUUCAAUCCUGCUGUUCUCACUAAAGCAAACAUUGUUCGUAGUGGGGAUGCUGCUCAAGGUGCAGAAGGAGGCACCUCACAGUUUCAAGUAGGUGAUCUUGUACAAGUUUGUUAUGAUCUGGAAAGAAUCAAACUUCUACAGAGAGGACAUGGAGAAUGGGCUGAAGCUAUGCUCCCAACUUUAGGUAAAGUUGGCCGAGUACAACAGAUUUAUUCAGACAGUGAUUUAAAGGUGGAAGUUUGUGGAACAUCUUGGACAUAUAAUCCAGCAGCAGUUUCCAAGGUGGCAUCUGCUGGAUCAGCCAUUAGCAAUGCAUCUGGUGAAAGACUCUCCCAACUCUUGAAGAAAUUAUUUGAAACCCAAGAAUCUGGUGACCUCAAUGAAGAAUUAGUUAAGGCAGCUGCCAAUGGAGAUGUUGCUAAAGUGGAAGAUUUGCUAAAAAGACCAGAUGUGGAUGUAAAUGGACAGUGUGCUGGUCACACAGCAAUGCAAGCUGCUAGUCAGAAUGGACAUGUUGACAUUUUGAAGUUACUUUUGAAGCAAAAUGUGGAUGUAGAAGCAGAGGAUAAAGACGGAGAUCGAGCUGUUCACCAUGCAGCUUUUGGAGAUGAGGGUGCUGUUAUAGAAGUCCUGCACCGGGGCAGUGCUGAUUUGAAUGCUCGCAACAAGCGCCGACAGACACCACUUCAUAUUGCUGUCAAUAAGGGCCAUCUUCAGGUCGUGAAGACUUUAUUGGACUUCGGCUGUCAUCCGAGUCUCCAGGAUUCUGAAGGUGAUACCCCUCUUCAUGAUGCAAUAAGUAAGAAACGUGAUGACAUUCUGGCAGUUCUUCUAGAAGCUGGAGCAGAUGUUACCAUUACAAAUAAUAAUGGAUUUAAUGCUCUACACCAUGCUGCAUUAAGAGGGAAUCCCAGUGCAAUGCGUGUUUUACUAUCUAAAUUACCAAGACCAUGGAUUGUGGAUGAGAAGAAAGAUGAUGGCUAUACGGCCUUGCAUCUGGCCGCCCUUAACAAUCACGUAGAAGUGGCUGAACUGUUGGUACAUCAGGGUAAUGCGAACCUCGAUAUUCAGAAUGUGAACCAGCAAACUGCCCUCCACCUUGCUGUUGAACGACAGCACACCCAGAUUGUGAGGCUUUUGGUCCGUGCAGGUGCCAAAUUAGAUAUUCAGGAUAAAGAUGGGGAUACUCCUUUGCACGAAGCUCUCAGGCAUCAUACCUUGUCUCAGCUACGUCAACUCCAAGAUAUGCAAGAUGUGGGGAAGGUCGAUGCUGCUUGGGAGCCAUCCAAAAACACUUUAAUAAUGGGACUUGGUACCCAGGGGGCGGAGAAGAAGAGUGCAGCAUCGAUUGCCUGUUUUUUGGCUGCCAAUGGCGCUGACCUCAGCAUUCGAAAUAAGAAAGGUCAAUCGCCACUUGAUCUCUGUCCUGAUCCAAGUCUCUGCAAAGCACUGGCAAAGUGUCAUAAGGAAAAAGUCAGUGGCCAAGUGGGUUCUCGAAGUCCUUCCAUGAUUAGUAAUGAUUCUGAAACCUUAGAAGAGUGCAUGGUGUGCUCGGAUAUGAAGAGAGAUACUCUCUUUGGCCCAUGUGGACAUAUUGCUACCUGUUCUUUAUGUUCUCCACGAGUCAAGAAAUGCCUCAUCUGUAAAGAACAAGUUCAGUCAAGGACAAAGAUUGAAGAAUGUGUGGUAUGUUCUGACAAGAAAGCAGCUGUUCUUUUUCAACCUUGUGGACACAUGUGUGCUUGUGAGAACUGUGCGAGCCUGAUGAAGAAGUGCGUGCAGUGCCGAGCAGUAGUUGAGCGAAGAGUGCCUUUCAUUACGUGUUGUGGAGGGAAAGGUGCAGAAGAUGCCACUGACGACCUCUCAAGUGGAAAUAUUCCUGUGUUACAAAAGGACAAGGAUAAUACCAAUGUCAAUGCAGACGUGCAGAAAUUGCAACAGCAGUUACAGGACAUUAAGGAGCAGACCAUGUGCCCUGUGUGUUUGGAUCGUCUGAAGAAUAUGAUUUUCCUCUGUGGCCAUGGAACGUGCCAGCUCUGUGGAGACCGAAUGAGUGAAUGUCCUAUUUGUCGCAAGGCUAUUGAGCGAAGGAUUCUUUUGUAUUAAUUAAGAAACUCAGUGUGUUUUGUUAGCUGAAGUAUUUGGUCAUGAGCUCUUAGUAAAGCUGUUAAGCUAGUUGGAAGUUCUAAUGAAUUAAUUUUUAAUAGUUUCUUUCCUAGAGUGUAAUUAGACUGUAAAUGUAUCAGAACAAAAAAACCUCUAUAAGACUGUGUUUGAAGUUGUGGUUUUUGUUUUUGUUUCUUUAUAUUUGAAACAUCAAAUCCAUAUAAUUCAUAGGUAAUUUACUCGUCACUUCUAAGGGGAAAAUCUUUUAGGAAUGUCCUGUUAUUUUUGUUUUUAUUGCGUUUUUCUUAUAGUUUGUAAAUUUGUUAGACCUCAAGAAAUACAGUUCCUUAUGAACAGCUGUCCUUCAGCUUGUCGUGACUUUACACAGUGAGUUGACACAGGUACUCAGAAAAGUCAUGCAUCAAAUGUACAGGGCAAGUCAGACCAUUAUGUCACAUAUAUUAAAGGACAAAAUUAUAAUACGAGUUUUACAUAGUUAAUAUUGAAGAGAAGAUUAUCUGUAGAGAGGAUUAUCUUUUCAAAAUAAAACAUUAUGCAAAUGA